AUGGUAGGGAUAGCAGAUGAUAACGAUGUUCCAAGUCAACCCAGUGAUGAUUCAGUUGGAAGUGAACCAAAGAAAAAAACCAGUGUCCUUGAAACUCUUGGACGAUCCAGGAAGAAAGAACUGAAGAAACAUCCUGUGCCAUGGUGGAUAGCUGAAGACGAUUCAGAUGAUGGAAUACGUGGCACAAGUGGAAGUUUUCUGAAGUCACAAAGGCUUUCCCAUCCUAUUUUGGAAGUUGAUGAAGAUAAUGCAGAGAGCGCUCAGCUCCCACAAGCAACUGGCAUUUCUGUUUCUUUGAGCAGAGAUAGCCUGGAAACUAAUGAUUCAGUUGUGGCUUCAGGUCCUAAUGAGAAUUUAUUGGGCAUCGGACUGGAUACUUUGGAAGAACAAGAAGAAAAGGAGAGGUUCUUUGCCAAUCUUGAGAAAGGGGUAUCAUCUACCAUUGACUAUUCCAGAUUAAAUAAGGCACUGGACUCCAAUGAUUCUGAAGUGUUACAAGCAUUUCUACGAGAUCACUCAGGUGUGAAGCAGAUGGAAGAAGGAAACGAGGAUGAACAGAGAAAUCAUGAAAAAUCUGGUGAUUAUAGUGAGGAUUUUGAAGACUCAGAAUCCAAAGAAGACAAUAAAGUUGAACAAGCUGUCACAUCAGAAGCAAAUGAGGAAAAGACUGGCAUGCUGGCUAAAGUUGUCCUCCUUGAUUCCCAGGAUUCAGCCGUGGAAACUCAAAAGGUCAGUGAACAGGAGGAUGUAGCUGUGACAGAACAUCACCUACCUCAAGAGAUUGCAGCAGAUGAAAUGAAUGGAACAGCUGUUUCUGGUGGGCGAACUAAUAGUGAUAUUGAAGCUCUGCAUCAGGCCUACUUCCAUGUUGAACACUCUUUAGGAGAUACGGAUGAGCAAAGGAUUCCUGCUUCCUGCUGGACAAUGGAAAUGGCACAGGACUCCCUCAAAGAUGCUUCACAGAAUAGAGAAGAAAGUCCCAAGAAUACCUCCAUUACUGAUUCUGAUCUGCCUACCGUGGAAGAACUGAUGAAGCCUCUUAGAGCAGAUUCGUCUUUUGCCAGAGGCUAUGACCUAGAACCUGCAAGUUCUGUGAAUAUGGUACAUAGUGUGGAUGAACUAGUGUCCCAUUUACCUUUGAAAGAGCAUCAGAAUGAUUCCUCUCUGGAAAAGCAAAACAUUAGCUGUCCAUUGGGGCAACAUAAUGUACAAGGGGUUGUUUCUGUUCAGACACGUGAAACAGAAGGUAGUUUUCAUCAUGGGGCUAGUAAAGACAAUCAAGCUGAAAAGAUUAAACACGAUCCCUUAGAACAAAAUGUUUCACAGAACUCUUCAGUUGUGCAUCAAGACAUCAAAACUAUCCAGGUACAUUCACUAAAUAAAGAGGAUCUGGAAUCUGUGAUAAAUAAACAGGUAAUGCACAAAAAUAUGAAAACCACAGAUGCUGUGCAUAAAAAGAAGUCUCUGAGUGGACCCUAUAGCUUUGUUAGGAGUUCUGGCUAUGGCAGAUCCAGUUCUCCAUUAAAGCAUUCUACCACAGUUAAUGAAAAGAAGGUAUUAAAUGAAGGCAUCAGAAAGCCAGCUUUGAAAGCCAAAUCUCCUGCAAGGUCAAAAGUCCACUUUGCGGCCUCCGACACCACUGCCUACGCUCUCUUCAGCAUCUGGCCUUAUUCAACUGGGUCAGUCUACGAGAUCGCCUCCCGACGUGUCGUACCACUCUCAAUCUCCGUCUCCACACUCCUGUACCACGAUUUGGAGGGCAGGGAGCAUUCUGUCGGCCGCCGUUCUCAAUAUGAUAGAAAUUGUCUCAUUCAUCGUCGCCUUCCAAGGACCAAUACUGGUCUCCUGAUGAACGAGAUCGGCCUGACUAUUAUCCUUAUUACUAUCCGAGGUCUCCUACGCCUCAGCGGCACCACUAUGAUCGGCUUCAUCACUUUGAACGUUUCUUCUCACUCUCCUUCCCGAAAUAGUGGAAGGGAGCUUUAUUUAUUCAAACGAGUUCAGGAAGCAGAGGGAAAACUGGCUGUAGCCCAUGAUUUAAUUCAUCAUCUAAAAGCUGCCUCUUUGCAAAAGGAGAAGGAAAUGGAGGCAAAAAUAAUGGAAAUGAAAAUGCUACAUGAAAGAGAUUUUUUUCAGCUAAACCAAGAAAAGUAUGUUCUUCAAACACAGCUAAAUAGUAGAGAGGACCUGAACAAAGGAGUAAAGUGGACAGACCUUUGGGAAAGAAUUCCUGACGGUGGAGAAAUGUUGAAAGAAAUCCAAAAAGAAGUCCAAAAUCAAGAGACCCUUCUUCAGGGUUAUCAGCAGGAAAAUGAAAGAUUAUACCAGCAAGUGAAAGAGCUGCAGAUAAAUAACAAGAAAAAUGAGGGAAACAUGUUUAAAGAAAAUCAGCGUUUGAUGACUGAACUAGCAUCCUUAAGAGAACAACUGGAUAAAAAUAAUCUUUUAUCUCAUGGAGUGCAGAAUUCUGAACCAACAGGCAAUCAGAGCUUCACAGAUUUGAUUUUGGAACUUCGAGCAGCUAAGGCAGCAGAGACUAAUUUGCUUGAAGAAAGAAAGCGGCUAAAGCAAGACAAACAAGCCCUUGAAGUAGAUUUGGAACAAGCAAAGAAAGAGCGAGAUUUGGCAAGAGCUCAGAUUGCUGCUACUUCAGAUGCAAAAUCAUGUGAGAUGAGGAUUAUGGAAGAAUCCUACAAAGAGGAAAUUGGACGAUUACAGAAAAGGCUUCAGUGGUAUGCAGAAAAUCAGGAGCUACUGGAUAAAGAUGCAGCUCGUCUAAGAGGAGCAAAAAUAGAAAUUGAUAAACUGAAACAAGAGGUUGAUCAGCUUAGAAUGGAAGCUGGGAAUCAGUUGACACAACAGAAGAAAGGACUGAAGGACAGGGCAGCAGAUGCCAAAAGAAUUCAAGACCUUGAACGACAGGUUAAGGAAAUGGAAGGGAUUCUGAAAAGAAGACAUCCAAAUUCUUUGCCAGCUUUGAUCUAUGCUGCUGCCACAGCGAGUUCUGAUGGAGGUGGUGAUGCGUCAUCAAAAACCAACACCGUUGAUUUUCUUGAAAGAAGAAUUAAAAAGUUAGAAGCAGAACUUGAGGGUAAAGAUGAUGAUUGUAAGAAAAGUCUCCGAACUAUGGAACAGCAGUUUCAAAAAAUAAAGCAUCAGUAUGAGAAAAGGGUUAAUGAGCUUGAACAGCUACUGGCAUAUAAGCUGCAGGAUGACCCUCAGGAGCUUCAAGACAGAACAGGCAGCUUGGCAGCACUGGAGGAAGAACUUCAUAGCGUGAACAAGGCCCACCAGAUUACAGUAAAAAACCUUCAAGCAGAAAUCGAUUCCCUUAGUAAUCAGAUUGCUCAGAUGGAGCUUCAGAAGAAAGUAACAGAGGAUGCAGACAUACAAUCACUGGAGUUCCAGGUGGAGCAGGCUCAUGCAAAGGCCAAGUGGGUGAGACUAAACCAAGACCUGGUUGCUAAAAACAGAGAGAUACAAGACCUUACAAGAACUGUUGAGAGACUGCAGAAGGAAAGGAGGAUUAUGCUCUCCCAUAAGGAUUCAGGUGGCCAAAUUGCCAGUAAAGAAAAGCCUUCAGGAAAUGUGAAAAAAGUGAUUUUUGACUCGAAGGACACUGGAAACGGAGAGUUCUUCCCUGGCACUCUUGAUGAUAAGAUAUAUCAGCCCAGUGCCUUUGCUGAUUCUCAUAUCUCAGAGGUCCUGCAAGAAAAUGCCCAGCUGAAAAAUGAGCUGGAAAAAAUGACCUUGGAACUAAGCCAACAAAGAGCAAAAUCUGAAGCAGGACUAGCAAAUUCUGAAAGUGUCAUACGGAGGUCAAAGGAAGACUCAGAAGAAUACAUUGCAGCCCUUAAAGCAUCACAUCAGAAAGAGAUGGAGAAGAUUCUUCGUCAGCACGCUGUGGAACAUUCUACUUCCAAAGUAGCUCAGUUAAACAGUAAAAUUUCAACGCAGGAGGUCUUGAUAAAACAUCUUCAGCAGCAACUCCAUGAGUUGCGGAGAGAUCAAGAAGCUCUUAAAGUAUCACAGAUGCGAGAGGAAAUUCUUCAGAAGGAAAUGGGAAAAUUGUUAGAAGAACUCAGAGAAGCUAAAGAGAGCCAGCGGCCUGAGAUGAAACAUUUUGUGUGCCUGGACAGGAAGAUCAGACAGUUGGAAGCCAGAUAUGAACAAAGAGAACAAGAGCUUCAGCAGGUGAUACAGCACACUCGACAUACUGCAGAAGUGGAACAAACCCAGGAAAUUGAGAAAUGGAGGAAGCUUGCCCUGCUGAAGAAUCAAGAGCUGGAGAAGUUCCGCAUAGAACUGGAUUCCAUGUUGGACGUUUUGCGGCAACUGCAGAAGCAGGGUGUCAUAAUUCCUGCAGGAGGCUCAAACAUACAUGAAAGUUACUGGAAGAUCUGAAGCAUGCAAUUUAAUAAGGGAAGAGUUUUAAUAAAGACAGACACAAGCAGAAUGUA